AUGGAUAUUUCCAAAAAGCUAUGGGCCGCUAAGGAGUGGGCGCGCGUCAAAGCUGGUGGCGAUGAGUUUGUGACUCUUGUUCAUGAGGCGACGAACGAGGACAAGUGGGGGCCAACAGGCAAACAGAUGGAGGAUGUAUGUCGUGCCUUCCCCCGGGGCGCGACAGAAAUUAUGGACGAGAUCGUGAGGCGGCUUAAGCAUCGUGAUAAGCUAUGGAGAUCAUGCUACAAGGCCCUCCUCCUGCUCGACUACUUGGCUCGUAAUUUGAGUGAUAGCUACUUACCAGAAAUAUGUGCUUUGGUACCGCUCUUGCGGACCAUUUCUCAAAGUUUUUACUAUACCAGCGGGAAAGGUAUCGACCACGGCAUUUCUGUUCGAGAACGUGCGAAGAAUCUAGCGGACCUCCUCAGUGACGGUCUUCUGUUGAGGCAAGAGCGUGAGAAGUCCGCCCAAACCAAAGCUAAGCUCGCUCAAAACAUGCCGAAUGGUAACACCCUACGGAUGUACGGAGGAGGUCGCUACGAGGAAAGCUAUGGAGGACAAUCUCGUCCAUACUCGACAGGGGGGAGGGGCGGUUAUACCGGCUACGACCCGUGUCGCGAUAACUUCAAUCGAUCACCACAGGUCUUACGCACAAAGUCUGAGCAGGAGCUAUUUGAUCUGCAGAUGGCGAUGCGCUUACAGCGCGAGGAAGAACGCCUCUCGGGGAUGUCGGCCAGCCAGAUCGAGAAAAUGUACUACAAAGGUAAUCCCAAUUUUCAAUCGGAAGGCCCUUCAAACCAAGGGCAGUCGUAUUCCAAGGAUUAUGAGCUGGCUUGCCGCCUCCAGGAGGAGGAACAUCGGAAGGCGGAAAGCCAAGAGACAUCUUUGCGGGAUGUGGACACUAAACCGGCCCCACCCGCCGCCGCCACUGCGUCCAAACCCACGGAUAAACCGGGGCCGACGAACCCCGCCCCUCCGGCGGUGAACCAAAGCAACAUCCUUGACGAUCUCUUCGCGCCCUCGACGGCUUCUUCUGCGGCGCCGCAGGGCGUGGAUGGCCUCUUUGGCGCCUUCCCCAGCGAGGGGAGCUCGCCGCAGGGGAUGACGGGGGGGGCGGCGCCGCCCGCAAACGCGUGGGGGCAAGGGGGGGCGGGGACCCCGUGGGAGACGUCCGCGGCGCGCGCGAACGUGUGGGGGCCUCCUCAGGGUGGGGCACCGCCGUCGAAUUACGCGGGGGGGCCUCCUCCGACGGCCUCGGCUCCCGCGAACGUGUGGGGGCCUCCUCAGGGUGGGGUGCCACCGUCGAAUUACGCGGGAGGGCCUCCUCCGACGGCCUCGGCGCCGCAGUUAUCGGCCUGGCAGUCCCUCUCCACGACGCUCCCCUCGGCCGGGGAGAGCGGCCUCCAGUGGGUUCAGGCCCCCAUGCCGGUGCAGCCCCAGCCGCCCUUAGACGCGAGUACAUCCGCCCCUCAAGAGGCACGUGGGUCUGGUAACAUGCCGACUUUUCCGUCAUUUUAA